AUGGAGAACCAGCACCUCCCCAAGAAAGUUCCAGGUUUCUGUUCCUUUCGGUAUGGACUGGCGAUCCUUCUGCACUUCUGUAACAUUGCCAUCAUGGCGCAGCGAGUGUGCCUGAAUCUCACAAUGGUAGCCAUGGUGAACAACACAGAGCCACCCCAUUUAUCUAACGGAUCUGUAGUGGAGACAAUGGAUAAUGUAAAGAACCCUGUGUAUUCCUGGAGUCUUGAUAUCCAAGGGCUUAUUCUCAGUUCUGUCUUCUUUGGUAUGGUUGUGGUUCAAGCUCCUGUUGGGUACCUAUCUGGAAUAUACCCAAUGAAGAGAAUAAUUGGGUCUUCAUUGUUCCUCAGCUCUGUGAUAUCCCUGCUCAUCCCACCAGCUGCGCAAGUCGGAGCAGCUUUGGUCAUUGUCUGUCGAGUACUCCAGGGAAUAGCCCAGGGAACAGUUUCAACAGGACAGCAUGAAAUAUGGGUCAAAUGGGCACCUCCCUUGGAACGAGGCAGACUUACCUCUAUGACUCUAUCAGGGUUUGUAAUGGGACCAUUUAUUGUCCUGCUUGUGAGUGGCUUCAUCUGUGAUCUUCUGGGCUGGCCCAUGGUUUUCUACAUUUUUGGUAUUGUUGGCUGUGUUCUGAGUCUUACCUGGUUCAUUCUAUUCUUUGAUGACCCCAAAGAUCACCCAUAUAUGAGCAGCAGUGAGAAGGACUACAUCAUAUCCUCUCUCGUGCAACAGGUCAGCUCACGCAGACAAUCUCUGCCCAUCAAAGCUAUGCUGAAGUCUCUUCCACUCUGGGCCAUUAUCCUCAAUAGCUUUGCAUUCAUAUGGUCCAACAGUCUCCUGGUUACAUACACACCGACAUUUAUCAGCACCGUCCUUCAUGUUAAUGUUAGAGAGAAUGGACUUCUGUCCAGCCUCCCUUAUUUGCUUGCCUACAUCUGUGGUAUCGUAGCAGGUCAGGUGUCAGACUUCUUCCUGUCCAGGAAGAUUUUCAGCGUAGUUACUGUCCGGAAACUCUUCACCACACUAGGGAGUUUCUGUCCUGUGAUCUUCAUCAUGUGCCUGCUCUACCUGAGUUACAACUUCUACAGCACCAUCAUUUUCCUGACACUUGCCAACUCAACACUUAGCUUUUCCUUCUGUGGACAACUUAUCAAUGCCUUGGAUAUUGCUCCCAGAUAUUAUGGAUUUCUUAAGGCAGUCACAGCCUUAAUUGGAAUGUUCGGGGGCCUAAUUUCUUCAACUAUCACUGGGUUGAUCCUUAAUCAGGAUCCAGAAUAUGCUUGGCAUAAAGUCUUCUUUUUGAUGGCAGGCAUUAACGUGACAUGCCUGGCUUUCUACCUUGUAUUUGCUAAAGGAGAAAUUCAGGACUGGGCUAAAGAAACUAAAACCACGCGGCUGUGA